AUGGCACCACACGCGAAGAAAUGGCCCUCGAGAGAAGGGUUCACGGCCGAUGUGGUCGGUAAUUUGAUCCACCGCACCCUACUGAGCCCCUGGAAGAUGGUACCACUGCUAGUACUAGCCCAGUAUACUGUCAAGGGCCGUGAGAUCCUCGAGUCGCGCCCGGAGGUGCUCAAGGCCCUCAAAGUGCUAGCCUCGCUGGCUGUCCUUCAUCGGCUCAGCGCCUGGCUGGACCGUCGCUCCGUCAAUAAUGGCUUGAAGGACCAUUAUGACUGGAACCGUGAAGUGGUAGUCCUGACUGGUGGUAGUGGCGGGAUUGGCCGGCGAGUUGCGCAGCUGUUCGGCGAUCGCGGCAUUAAGGUCGCCAUCCUGGACAUCGCGCCCCCGGCAGAUUCAUUGCCAAGCAGUGUACGCUACUACGAAUGCGAUAUUACAUCCCCCGAAAAUAUCGCCGAGGUGGGCAGCAAGAUUCGCGCCUCGUUCGGCAAGCCAACCAUCCUGAUUAACAAUGCGGGCAUCCUGACCGGCAAGACCAUCCUCAGCACCACUGAGGCCGUGACCCGACGCUUGUUUGAUGUCAACACUCUUUCGCACUACUGGCUGGCGCGGGAGUUUCUGCCGGACAUGAUCGCGAGUAACCACGGAAUGGUGGUGACUGUCGCCUCCCAGUCUGGCUACACCGUCACCCCCAGCAUGGUCGACUACUCGGCUUCCAAGGCCGCUGCCAUCGCUUUCCACGAAGGUUUGGCGGCCGAGUUGGUUACCCGCUAUCAAGCUCAACGUGUCCGUACCGUGCUAGUUACCCAGGGCUUCACGCGCACUGCCUUAAUUAACAAUCUGACCCCCGAGGAUACCUUCUUGGCUCCCCUUCUACACCCCGACACAGUCGCCGAGGGCAUUGUUGAUCAAGUCUUGACUGGCGAGAGCGGUAAUGUUCUUUUACCCAGUGCUUCUGGGACCCUCGCGCAGCGUCUUCGCGCUUAUCCUAUGUGGUUCCAGCAUUCAUUGCGGUGCCGACUGGAGCGGCUCAUGCGUGCGGACUAG